UCCGGUGGUGUCACGGGGUUUUGUUGUGUGUCGGAGCAGCAGGAUCCUCCGGUUCUUCUCGGAUCUUUGUUCGGUCUGACUCGGUUUACCAACCCGAACCUUUCACCGGAGAUGUACCGAGCUCCAGUCAGACCUCAGCGGAGCUCCGCGGUGCCUCGGCCGCCUGGAAGGUUCCCGUCCCCGGCUUGGUCUCUGCCCGGGACUCGCUCCCCCUACGGAGCUUCUCCUCGGGGCUGCCCGCCGUUCUCUCCCGGUUCUCCGGUGUUUCCCGGGUCUAACCGAGAGUACGGCGGCGGCUCUCCGGUGAGGUUCGGCAGCGGGGGCCGCGGAUACCGGCCCAGACCCGGACCCGGACACAGGACACAGUCGGGAUCUUCGGACUCGGUGGAGAAGUAUUUCAGCCCGUCGAUGGUUCAGGAUCCGUGGUCGUCUCUGACUCCCGUCACCGCCGCCGACGCCGCCAGGAGGACGUGACAUCAUGACAUCAUCACAUCAUGACAUCAUCACAUCAUGACAUCAUGACGGCAAACGACUACCAUCAGCGCCUCGGCCACCAGCAGCGUCUCCGUCGGCAGCUUCUCGACCUUCAGAUGAGUUCAGGGAUCAAAGCGUCUGAUCGGAGGUUUUUUGACGAAGUUUUUAACGUUUUUUAAUCACGUUUUAUUUUCAGACUGUUUGUAAAAGAGUUUGUUCAUUAUUAAAAAAACUAUUUUAAAGUG